UGGUUCACGUCUCAUAGAAAUGCAGCUGUUUGAAUCGAUGAAAACCAUUUGAUUAAAAAUGUGAAUAUCAUUUACUCUUUAUUUUAACAUUUGUUUGUAUAAUCAUUGAUGAUGCUAAAUAGUUACCUUUGCUGGCAGUAGGAGGAUAUUGAAUUUAUAAUUGAAGACAUUCCAAAUGUGUGGAUAUAAAUAUGGAAAAAGCAACAAAAGCACCGUUGUAUAGUCGUAUGAACGGAAUCAUUUAUCCUUCAAUGUUCUCUCCAACAUGUUUCAGAGAAGCGCUGAACUACAAGGCUCAACCUAAUGACACCUUUAUUGUUACUUAUCCUAAAUCUGGCACAACUUGGAUGCAGCAUAUACUCUUGUAUAUUUUCCGCAAAGGAAGAGAACUGAAAAUUGGAAAAACGGGUGACUUAGACGUGUCAGAAUUCAUCAAAUAUUGCCCAUGCAUCGACAUGUAUGGAUUUGAAGGCAUUCAGAAAAUGAAGAAGCCCGGAUGUAUUAAAACGUAUCUACCUUACAACCGUCUCUCAUUGUCCCCUGAAGCAAAGUAUAUAUUUGUUGCGCGGAAUCCAAAAGAUUGCUGUGUGUCUUUUUAUCAUCACGCGCGAAAUCAUCCAGGCUUUGGAUACUGGGAUGGCAAUUUUAAUGACUUUUUCGAGCUUUUUAUGAAUGGGGAAUUAGAGUGUAAUGAUUAUUUUGAUCAUUUACUUUCUUGGUAUCCCCAUCGUAAUGAUUCGAACGUCUUUUAUACAACGUAUGAAGAGAUGAAAAACGAUAUUAGGGGCGUUGUUGUGUCUGUUUCAAAAUUUUUGGGUCAAGAAUACACUGAAGCAAUCGAGAAAGACAACUCUGUUCUCAACAAUAUUAUUCUGUUUAGUAGUUAUGAAUACAUGCAGAAGCAUUAUUGCAGACCAAGCCUUUCCGGCAUGAAAGAGUCGAAUUCUGAAACUUAUUCUGGAAUUAAAUACAUAACUGAAUUCAUCACCAGUUUGGAUUUACCUUCUAGGGUUUUAGCAAAAAGCAAUGUUAGGAAAGGAGUUGUUGGAGACUGGAAAAAUGUGUUGAGUUAUGAACAAAGUCCAAGAUUGACAGAAAAAUAUGUUGAAAAAACAAAAAACACUGACAUCAAAAAUUGGUUCUCUGAAGCAAUUUUAUAAAAUAAAAAAAUAGUUUACAAAAGCUAGAUUAUACUUCCUGAACAAUACAAUUCGACGGGAAGGACAUGUAUGGAUACUAGGAAAAAUACAAUUCUACGUCAUAGCUGAUUUUCCUAGACCUGCGGUUCCCAAAGGCUGUUCCUCGGAAACCUAGGAUUCUGCGGAAAGAACAUUUAUGUUCCGAGAAUCAGAACUUGAUUGAGAUAAGCAAUACACGGUUAAGCAAAAAUUUAUAAUGGAAACACGACAGGAGAAUUAUUUCUGUUAAAAUAGAAGAUUGGUUCAUCUGGAAAACCAGACAGGACUGCAGAAAAUCUAAUUAAAUAAUGCAUGUCAGAAAUAGUACUGGAAAAUUUGCGGCGAAGUAAGUUUUUUCUAAAUUAUUAAACCAACAAAUUUCAGACUAUAUGAUUUACAGAAAUGGCUUUUGUGGCUAAUCUAUUCAAUAAACUAAAAUCGGGGUUCCACACAAGGAGGUUGAUCGUUGAAGGUUCCAUAGCCGAAACAAAAUUCAGAACCGCUGAACCUGACAACCAAAACGUUAUCCGUCGAUAGCCUAAUAUCUUUUUGUUUAUCUCUACUGGACAAUACUUUUUAUACAUUAGACAUCAUCAUAUGGUCUAAAGAAACUGUAAUUUUAUUUCUGGGAUAAUAGGUGUUAUAACAAUAUCUUUUUGAUAACACAACAAUGAUAACAGUUAAACAAAGAUUUCUAAUGGAAACACAGCAGGAACAUUAUUUCUGAUAAAUUAGAAGAUUGGUUGAUCUGGAAAACCAAACAGGAUUACAGAAAUAGUUAACAGACAACAGUUAACAGUUAAGUGCAAUUAACAGAAAUAGUUGGCUGUGUGCUGGUGAAAAAAAUGCUGUGAAGAAAGCUUUUUCUAGAUUGUGAAAUUAACGAUUUCACAUCAUAUAACAUGACGAUGGCUUGUAAAAAUGGCUUUUUUUGGCUAAUAUAUUCAAUUAACUGAAAUUGAGGUUCCACCACAAGGAGGUUGGAGAUUCCAUGACCGAAGAAAAUUGGAAACCGCUCUCUUAUAGUCAACCAAAACAUUAUUCGUAGAUAACCCAAUAUCUUUUUGCUUAUCUCUACCAGACAAUAUUGUUUAUACAGAUGACGUAAUAUGGUCUAAAGAAGCUGAAAUUUUAUUCCUGGUAUAAUAGAAAACUGUAUUUUUGCUAACACAGCAAUGAUAACCUUUAAAAUUUUAAAGGACUUUUCAUGUGAAAUCCACUGAUAUUAAAAGCUUUACCUACUAAUACCUCAUUCAAUCUUUAGUCCUAACAAUCCUGUAAGUCCCGAGUACUUCUUUCAAUCCUAUGUCUCUACUCUAUGUCAUAGUUUAGCACCCUCUCAAACAAUAAAAAUUGAGACCUAUUA